AUGACCGUUUCAGGGUUGGAGUUGCGGAGACCGGUGUUGGUUUGCGCAGUGCACUCUUCAAAGGUGGAGUAUUUGAACGGGGACGCGCACCUAAAGUUGGAGGUGGGGGUGCGGGAGGGACUACUGAUAGAGGAGCAUUUGCUUAUAGUACUGAAGCCGGACAGAGAGCGGGUACCCAGCUUCGUGUUGGAAGUAAUUGUGCAAAUUCAACCAGGUCUGCCGGACAGUGUGCUGCGAAGCCUGUGCCUGGCCACCGUUGUCCAUUGCAAUGAACGCUUCAUUGAUCACCCGGGUAGUAUGGUGAAGGCUCACCCCGACGACCAACUCUACAUCAUUGUUAAUGUAGAUAAAGUUAGAUCUGAGCGGGGAAUUGUGGAGAGUUUCCAGAGAACGGAGACUGGCACAGAUCGUAAAGAACUCUGUGACUACGGAGGUGAUAUUGGAAGCAUCAUCCGGCACAUAGGCGACAAAUUUGCUGAAGGUGCUCGCGACAUUCUCAGCAUCCAGAGCUGCUUGGAUGAAACUCAUACUGGCGCAGUUGAUGACGGGGUCAACGGAAGACGCCCAUCACAGGCAAAAGAUUUGGGUGGGGGACAUUUACAUCUGAGCUUUCUGGAAGGGGUGAAACUUAAAAAGAUAUGGGAUGGAUUAUGGGCGUUGUUUGUUUGUUGCCAGGUUGCCAGAUGCUUCAGCAAAAACAAACAAUUCACUCUCUUAUCUUUUGGGCCUUUCACCAGCCUGGGAACUGAAGCCCCGUUCUUGAUCUAA